AAAACACUAUCUCUUUAUUUUUUCCAGAGAGACAGAGAGAGAGAGAGAGUUGAAAAAUCCAAUCUUUUUGUGCUCGAGUAUUCAGAUUCGCCGGAAAAUACUCAACUUUCUCCAUUUCCGGCGAUUUCUAGCCGGCGUGUUCAGCUCAAUUCACGAAAUUGUUACUUGCGCUGAUGAGAUUUAUUUACAUAUAGAUCGAGAGAGUAAUGGAUAGGAUUCGAGAUGGUAGACGAGCUGCUGCUUCCAAUAUUCCGAACGGAUUAUCGCGACGGCGUCAUCGAACUAGCUCUUUCAGAGAUUCACCUGAGGACGAAGCGGAGAUGCAUGAACCGGCGAGAUUGCGAGAGAGAGGAGUGAAGAAAGAUCGAGAGAGAGAUCGAGAUCGAGAGAGGGAGCGGUCGAGGAGUAGUAAAAGGAGAAGAGCUGAUAGAUUGAUGAACGCCGCCGAUGAGAGCUCUGAGGAAGACGAGAGUGUGAAUGAUGAAGAGGAUGAAGAUGAUGACGUCUCCGCUAAUUUCUCCAGGAUGUUGCCGCCUCUGCCUACUCCGAUCUUAUCGCAGCCGUCGAUUUCGAGUAAUUAUAAUAAUCAUAACAAUUCGCAUAGUUAUAGUCAUAGUCAUCAUCAGAAUCUGAACCGGAAGAGUUUGUUAUCGGACGGUGGUAAGAUGUAUAAAGCGGCUGUUCCGGCGUGGAAAGCUGCCGCUGAUGAAAUGAUUGGUGUCUCUGUUCCUAGGAAGGCCAGAACUGCAUCAACGAAGAGGUCGCAUGAUUGGGUUUCUAGUGGUGGUGGAGGAGGAGAGCAGAUGAAUCACCGGCAAGCUUCAAGUUCGCCGGUUAGAGGAGGAAUUGCUAUGUCAACGCAGUCUGGGGCGGUUGUGAGGGAGGCUGUUCCUUUGUCGCCUCCUUCGUCUUCAAAUGUUUCGAUUAAGAAGAAAAUUAAAUCUAGUGGAGGAAUGAAGCCUAGACCACAACCAAGGUCUACGACAACUUCAAAGUCUUCGUCUUCCAAUAAUAAUCCGGAGGAGCUGGAAAUUGAGAUUGCUGAGGUUUUGUAUGGACUCAUGACUCAAUCUCAAGCUCCUCCAAAAAAUGAUUUAUUGUCGAAGAAUGAAUUUAAUAACAAAUCUAGUAGUGAAGCUAAAUCUCGAGCUUCUUCCCCAGUAUCUAAUUCUUCUUCAGCGGCUCCAAUAACUGCUGUUGCUCCGAAGAGGAAGAAGCCGCGACAAUUGUUAGAUAAUAAUUUUGUGGGUAGUUCAAGUACGCGAAGCAGUCCAUCAAUGAAGUUAGAAAUUGAUCAGACGGCAAGGUCUGAACUAAGUCCCCCUAAUCUGGAAAGGAAUUUUGGAUCUGCAGCUGAGAAUGGCGAAUCUGCAAAUUCAGGUAAAUCUGGUGCGGAAAAUAACCAACAUCUAUCAAAGUCUAUGAAGCUGGAAGCGGGCACGUUGUGUGAAUCGGCUUUAAUGGAAGAAGCUGGGGAAAGCCGAGAUGUGGUGUCAACAACCAAGGAAGAGGUUAAUUCUAUCAAGAAGGAUGUACCUGUGGUUAAAUUAAAAGAUGAUCCCAAGGAGAUGAUAGUGACAUCGAUGGCAACAUCAUCUAAUGUGAAAACAGCAGCUCCAGCAAUUGAGAAGAAUAGGGAGGAAAAAUAUCAGAUAGAUCUGAUGGCCCCACCUCCUCAAUCAAGAUCAUCACCUGAAAGGGACAGAGCUGUUAAUUUUAUGGGUGAUCAAAAUAUGAUGGUUUUUGAUAUGGAAAAGAAAAAAGAGAUGAGCAAUGCUAAAGAAACUGAUAAAGUGGGAAGUAGCAAGGAAGAUAUAGUGAUUCAUUCUGCUGAGAAAGUUGCAAAGACGGUAAUUGAAGAAGUUGAAUUCCAGAAAUCAUUUGUUAGCAAGGAGCGGAACAUUGAUCUCCAGUUAGAUUUGGAAAAAACGGGUAUGGACACUGUUAGCAACCCUCAAAAUGAUCAUGUUGUGAAAUCACAAGUACAGUUCUCUAAAGCUGCAUUCAAAGAAGAGCAGCAAAAUACGGACAAAAGUGCUCAAUCCAUCUCUUUGCCUUUGCCUAUGUCUGUUGCUAGCUGGCCUGGCGGAAUUCGUCCUCCAAUUGGGUACAUAGCACCACUACAAGGAGUUGUAUCAGUUGAGGGGGGUACCAUGCCUACAGCACCAGUUCAGCCUCUUUUCUCUCAACCACGGCCUAAGAGGUGUGCCACACAUUGUCAUAUUGCAAGAAAUAUUCACUAUUACCAGCAACUCAUGAAGAUGAAUCCUUUCUGGCCAGCGCCUUCUGGCACUACUGCUUCUAUGUUUGGAGCCAAAUCCUCCAAUCUCAAUGUUAUCCCCCCUACAGAACUACACGGUAACAGUUCUGGAAGGAGUCUGAACUCCAUGCAAGACAAGGGUCAUAGUCUUGCUAUCUUCCCAGGGAGUGCUGUAAAAGAAAAUUUUGCCCAACCUGCUAGCAUUGCGGAUGCUGGGCAUGCGAAGCAACAAAUUUUGCUUCAGCAAGCUAUGCCUCCAGUACCUCCCACUAAUAUGAUGCAUGGCCCUGCUUUUAUAUUCCCCUUCAAUCAGCAACAGGCGGCUGUUGUAGCUACUUCUGGAAGGCCUGCUUCGGUAAAAUCACCAACCACCACAGGGGGUCUACCUUCUACUGGUGCGCCAAACUCAGCUACUGUGGCUGCCUCGGCACCGACACCUGCAAGUGCACUAGGCUUUAACUACCCAAAUAUGGCUGCGAAUGAAACCCAGUACUUGGUGUUACAGAACAGUCCAUACCCAUUCCCAAUUCCAGCUGUUGGGGCACCACCAAAUUUUAGAGGCCAUGCUCAGCCAAUGCCAAUGUUCAAUGGAUCUUUUUAUCCUUCUCAGAUGAUACAUCCGUUGCAACUCCAGCAACAGCAAGUACCAACAACUCAGCAACAACAGCAAAUCCAACAGACUCAUCAGAACACAGGUGGCGGCUCCAUGUCUUCACAGAAGCAUUUGCAGUCCCAACAGCACCGUCCGCAAGGCAUUGCGAUCAAUGGUGGUGAAACUGGAAAUGGAGUCUUGCAGAACUUUGCUGCCCCUAAAAGUCGUUCCUCUCAGCAAUCACAGCAGCAUCAUAAUCAGCAUUUACCCCCUUCACAAGCAAGGCAGCAUGAAAGUGACGUAGGCGGUGAAGACAGCCCAUCAACUGCUGAUAGUCGAGGAUCUCGCGCACCAGUGAAUGUGUACAAUCAAAACUUUUCCAUGCCCAUUCAUCCCCAGAAUUUUGCUUUGAUGAACUCAUCUGCUGCUUCAGCUGGUGCUACGGUUGGCAGUGGUGGGAAUCAAAGUGAGAAGAAGCAAACACAACAUCUUCAGGGUUUCAAAUCAGGUGUUGAAUCCCUUUCAUCUCAAGCAUAUGCUAUGUCAUUUGGUCCCAUGAUUGGUUCCACUUCGGCUUCUGGAAUUGACUUGUCUUCCAUGUCACAAAAUCAUGCCAUCCUUCAGAGCUUACCAGAGGCUACUACAAGGCACAGCUAUCAUCAGAUUAUGCAGGCAGCAGCAACUGCCCAAGCUGUUCAGCAAAAGAAGAAUACUAGAUUGUCAGAAGAUGGUAAAAUUGGCGGUGCUGUUGCAUCCAGUGCAGAUGAAGAGAGGAAGGUGCUAACGGGCAAGGGUCCAGCUUCUAGUGGAGUACAGUCCAUUAGUUUCUCUAGACCAGACUUUGUUGAUGCAUCUGAAUCUGCAACCCCUAAAGAUAGUGCUUCCAACAGCAUGGCUCGAAUGCUGAACCUUGCACCUGGUGCUGCUCGAAUGCCUAAUGUUAUGAAUUUGGUUGGCCCUUCCAAUUCUCAGUUGCAUGCUCAGUUGCAACACCAACAACACCAACAGUUGAUUCAGAUGCACAACCAGCAGCAACAUCAACAGCAGCAACAACUAGCAGCUAACAUGACAGCUCGUAGCAAGACACCAUCAAGUAAUGGAAUUGCGUCGUCGGAGCACUUAACUUCAUCAUCAGUAGCUUCCAAGUUUCCAAAUUCAAUAUCCGGCUUUCCACCAAAUUUUGUUCAAAGCAGCAAUAACAGUAGUCCGACCCAAUCUUCGCAAUGGAAAAAUUCUAACAGAACUCCCACCUCCCAAGUUCAAUCAUCACUGGUCUCAUCAACGUCAUCCCCCAAAAAUCAUCAACAGCAGCAGACAAGAACCCUUCAAAACCACACUCAAAUAUCCUUUGGGACAAAUCAGAAACCAUCAGCAUCUCCAGGGCAACAGCAUCCUAAUAGCAGCCAGUCCCCAUCCCCACCAGUCGUAGUCGGAUCUCCUACCCAUUCUUCCCUUUCUAAAGGUGCUAACUCUAGCCCAAGAAUAAAUACUGCUUCGGCAAACAAGACUGGUCAAGCAUCUACAUUGUCUUCUCAGCAGACAAAGAAUUCGACAUCUGUUCCGAGCCAAAAGGCCUCUCCGGCGGGUGGGAGAAAUGUUCCAUCAGUUCUUGGGAACCCUCACAGUGCUUCUCUGAGUGCUACAACUAAAACACAAAUUCAGAUGCAGCAGCUGCAACAACAACAGCGACAGCAACAACAGUUUCAGCAGCAGUUAUCAAAGCAAACACUGCAGCAGGCAAUGUUUUUUUCAAAUCCUUAUUUUCAAGGCCAACCACCGAAUUCUGCUAGUUCUAAUACUUCAGCUGCCAGUGGUUAUAAUCUUCAAAGGAGGCAGCCUGAGCAACCACAGCACUCUCAGCAAUCUCAAGGAUCCUCUCCAAGUUCUUCCGGGAUGUUGUCUAUGGGUCCUCCACCAACACAAUCUAGUACCAGCACAACUGAUCCUGCAAAAGCCGCUGCUGCGGCUGCGGCCGUGGCAGCAGCCACGGCAGCUGCUAGCAGUAUGAAAGGAGGUGGUUUUUCCUCGCAGGGUAUUCUCCAUUCUCCCCAGUUUGGGGUACAGUCAUCAGGAAAUUCUCAUCAGUCACUGCCGGUUGGAUUCUCCUAUGGUCACAACGUACCAGCUGCGGUCCAAGUGAAGCCAGCAGAGCCAAAACAGCCAACUGAGCAGAAACAACCAGCUGCCUGACAAGGAAUAAAAGAAGAUACCGCAUUGUCGGAGCUUAGACUGUUCUUUGAAGGGAAUGGAUUGCCCUUUUGAACUGGCGACCCACAAUUUUGAGGAAGUUGAGUGAAGGAGAAGAUCUGCAGGGGCUGGACAUAAAUUAUAGCCUGUUAUGUGCCCUUGUGUGCGUAAGAUCUUCUUUAAUCUGCUAAGUUUGAUCACACAUUAAUCGAUAGUGAUGAAGUAAAGUAGCAGGGGAAGACCCAGAGCAGCGAUAUGCAUGGCAGAUAAUUUAACCAAGCUGAGUGGCAGAAUUGAUGAAGAAGUUCUGUUCCAUUCAUCCCUACUCUGCAAAUUAUACCUCUGGAGUAACUGUUAUAACCAUGAAAAUAGAAGAACGUUUAGAUUUGGCACAUAUAUAUGUAAUGGAGGGCUGUCCAUGUAUAUAUAUGUCUGGCACAUAUGAUAGUUAACCCCCUCUCAAAUUUUUUAAUUUAAUGGGUCCCCUUGUCUCUUUGUUUGAAUAUUUGUGAUUUGUGAUGAUAAUCUUGGAGAAAAAUGAGUUGUUUCUUUUGCCAGUA